CUCCAGCUUGAGAGAGAUGUCAUCUCCAGGCAUGGGGACCCCCACAGACCCUCUCUUGGCCAGUCCGGGAGGGAGGUCAUCCUCAGCUCAGGAAGGCCUCUGGAGGACCACGCUGCCCAAGACGGCCAGCUUCCCGACAUCCACCACACGGCACCUCAGUCACAGAGCCAACAACUUCCAAAGACAGCCGAAGCGUAGGAAGCUGAUACGACCCUCACCGCCUCCCCCGCCCAACACGCCUUGUCCCCUGGACCAGCUGGACCUCAGCGAGCUUCCCCCCAGACGCACCUUCCAGGAGCUGCUCUUCAAUGGCUGCAUCCUGUUCGGGAUUGAGUUCAGCUACGCCAUGGAAACGGCCUACGUGACCCCUGUUCUCCUACAAAUGGGCCUCCCGGAUCAGUUCUACAGCCUGGUGUGGUUCAUUAGUCCCAUUCUUGGAUUCCUUGUUCAGCCUCUUAUAGGAGCAUGGAGUGAUCGUUGCACGUCCCGGUUUGGAAGAAGGAGACCUUUUAUUUUUGCUCUGGCUGUAGGGGCUUUAGUGGGUCUGACCCUGGUUCUGAACGGACGAGACAUCGGGGGAGUCCUGGCCGACACGGCAUCAAAUCACAAGUGGGGAAUCAUCCUGACGGUGUGCGGCGUGGUCCUGAUGGAUUUCAGCGCCGACUCGGCCGACAACCCGAGCCACGCCUACAUGAUGGACGUGUGCAGCCCGGAGGAUCAGGACAGGGGGCUCAACAUUCAUGCAUUACUAGCAGGACUGGGAGGAGGAUUUGGCUACAUCGUAGGCGGCAUCAACUGGGACCAGACGCAGUUUGGGAGGUCCAUGGGGGGUCAGCUCAGGGUCAUAUACCUGUUCACCAGCAUCACUUUGGUGUUCGCCACCGCCAUGACUCUGAUGAGCAUUCCUGAGAGGCCGUUACCAAAGAGCCAACCAAACAGAAACUCCAGUAAGAACCAUCUGAAAAGCCCCAGCCUCCCUCUGCCUCCGUCUCCUCCCGUCCCCCCCGGAGCCGGUCCGGGGCUGGACGAGGAGGACGAGGAUGGACUUUACAGCUACAGCUUUCCCAAGUCUCAUCAAGGUAAUUCUGACCCCUUGGCUCACUCUUGCAGCGCCAGUGCACGCCUGUGUGCCGGCCUCACCAGCCCCAUAUCGCCCCUGAGUCCCCUCACUCCAAAAUAUGGCAGCUUUAUAAGCAGGGACAGCUCACUCACUGGCAUCAAUGAGUUUGCAUCUUCGUUAGGAACCUCCUACAUAGACAGCGUGCUUAUAGACUGCUACACAGGCCAGCAGACGCCUCCAAACCUGGCUUCAGGCUCCACUGCCAUGCCCCUGCCUACAGGAGAAUCCCCUCCCUCUGAGAAGGCGGGUAACCCCCCUGCAGGGCAGACUGAGGCUGAUGGGGGGUCCCAUCCAGCUGAAGAGGCUCAGGAGGCAGAGGGGCCUCAGACCAAGGGAGAUGCACAAACUCAAGGCGCUCCUGCGGACACAGCCGGGUCUCAGUCAGGGGGCGGGCUGCACCGGGGAUCCUCUGCUGGGAUCCUGAAGAGGCCUCAGAGUCUGGCGCUGAUGGAGGAGCCCACGGCGACGCAGAUUGUUGGGCUGGAGAACGGGCGGAGGAGAACAGUGACUUUCAGCCAACAGGUGGCAAAUAUUUUGCUAAACGGAGUGCGAUACGAGAGUGAUCUAAGUGAAAAUGUGGAGACAGGAGAAUCCCAGAUGUCCAUGAAGCUGCUGUGUAUAGCCAUCUACAGAAUGCCUCCCUCUCUGAGGAGCUUAUGCACUAAUCAUUUUUUAGGCUGGUUGUCAUUUGAAGGUAUGCUGCUCUUCUACACCGACUUCAUGGGCGAGGUUGUGUUUGAGGGAGACCCCAAAGCGCCGCACGACUCUGAAGCUUAUCAGCGUUACAAUGCUGGCGUCAGCAUGGGCUGCUGGGGCAUGUGCAUCUAUGCAUUCAGCGCUGCUUUCUACUCAGCCAUAUUGGAGAAACUAGAGGAACGUUUCUCCCUACGCACUCUUUAUUUUUUUGCCUACUUGGCAUUUGGUUUGGGCACAGGCCUUGCAACGCUAUCCACCAACCUCUAUGUGGUGCUUUCGCUCUGUGUCACCUAUGGCGUGCUCUUCUCCUCUCUGUGUACGCUGCCUUACUCUCUGCUGUGUGAAUACUACCAGAGCCCUCAGUUUUGCGGCUCGUCCGAAGAGGGGACCAGACGCGGGAUGGGGGUGGACAUCUCUCUGCUCAGCUGUCAGUAUUUCCUGGCACAGAUCCUCGUCUCUGUGGCGAUGGGACCUCUGACCUCACUGGUGGGCGGGGCUCAGGGGGUGAUGUACUUUGCAAGCCUGAUGUCAUUCGUGGGUUGCCUGUACUCCUCCCUCUGCGUGGUGUACCAGCUGCCCCCCCCUGAGGGAAGAGGAGAAGUUGAAACUGGGGUGUGAAACCAAGCAAAACAGAGGAACGGCAAACAGAGAGAAGACUCAUGUGGACUGUGGGACGGACGGCGUUAAAAAAAAAACUAAGCAACCAUGGGGAUUUGCAGAGCCAGCAGCGAGUCCUUCCUUGUCAUCGUUAGGGUGCAUGCUUAAAAUAGUAGGCUUCUGCUCCACCGGGCUCAGCCCAUCAUUUCUGUAUAAAAACAAUCCCUCGGUUGUCUGCAGAGGUCUUCAUUGGAAGUUCUUCAUCCCCUUUAGAUCCAGAAUAACUCAUCUCCAUCAGCAAACACAUUUAAGUUGUUGUUGCAUCUGCUGUGCCAUGCCAACUUUCCAUAAGGCAGAAACUAUGGUAAUGUAGAGCCUUUUAUUUUGACGGCUCCACUGAGAACCUCAACCUUCAGGCGCCUCUGCAGAAUGUCAGUAACUGCCUACUAUUGAAGCCUCCUGGACUGAGCUGAUCCCCGCCACGCUGACGUUUCUUAGGAAACAGUAACUGUCUGGAUCUCGCUGUUGCAGCUUGCUUGAGGAAGAAAUACAACACACUUUGUGUUAUAUGGUACCUCCUUACUGCUCAAUGUCAGCAUCAAUGUAAAAGCUACUUUUAUUCAGGGCUCAGUUCAAACUAAAAUUAUCAUUUUUGCCA